AUGGAGCAGUUGGAGCAUAUUAGUGCCACAGAUGAAGAAAGUACAUGUAGCAUCUCUGUUGCUGCUCCUACUACUUGUGACAACUCAGUCCCAGACUCUCAUCAAUCUUUAGCCACAGGAUUAGUGAGUAAUGGUGUUCCACAUAUUGCUUCUAAUGGGGAAGAAAAGCCUUUUCAACUGGUAAAUUUUUCUUUUCCAACUACAUCAAUUGGUGGUAAGGAAAGGUCAUUUAACCCUUCGUGGUACAGACAGCAUCCAUGGCUUGAAUACUCUGUUUCAAGAAAUGCUGUAUUUUGCUUUGCUUGCCACUUCUUUUCUGCCAACCCAGAAGAUAAAUUUGUGAAAACUGGAUAUUGUGACAGGAAGCAUGCUACUGGGAAAACAGGUGCUCUAGCAAAACAUAAUGUCUCAGAGAAGCACCAAGAAGCGAUGGCUAAUUGGAGUGCACUUACUGUACAACCUCACACUUCAGUUGCUUCAUUGCUAGAUCGUAACAGAAGUGAAUUAAUUCAUAACAACCGUCACUACAUUAAAGUUGUCAUUAAAGUUGUCCUCUUUUGUGCUUUGCGGGAGAUCUCUGUACGUGGUCACAGAGAAGGUGAAUCCGCUUCAAAUAAAGGUAAUUUUCUUGAGCUAAUGGAGUUGUUUUCUAGCAAUGAUGAGACUCUUAAAGCACAGUUGCAUGCCCAUCCUAGAAAUGCAACAUAUUUUAGUAUUUUAGCAGAUGAGACAAGAGAUGUAAGCAAGCAAGAGCAAAUGUCUUUUGUUAUUAGAUAUGUUUCUGUGUCUAAUCAUUCCAUUCAGGAGCGCUUUCUCACAUUUGUUCAUGCAACUGGAUUAGAUGCUUCAUCGUUGACACAAUACAUCAAAGACACACUGGCAUUAUAUGAUCUCAAUCCCUUGUGCAUUGUCAGUCAAAGUUAUGAUGGUGCCAGUGUCAUGUCUGGGAGGUGUAGAGAAGUACAGACAAGAGUUAGAGAAUUUGCACCUCAUGCUGUGUAUAUACACUGUCAUGGUCACAUUUUCAAUCUAGUUCUUAUUGAUUCAAUUAAAUCAAUCAAUCGAGCAGCUGAGUUUUUUGCCUUGCUUCAGGUACUUUGUCUUUAUUUCUUCUUCAAAAGUCCACGAAGUUUUUAUAGCAAUGCAAAAGCAGCUACAUCCAAGUAA